GCGAGGAUAGCGAGUGUCCGUAUUAUCCUUUCGGCACACGAGACAGCGGGUCACUGCGCAUACCCAAAGAGAUUUGUGUUUCAUCAAGUCCAUCUUGCUUCCACGCACUUCUACUCGCAGUCUACGAUGUAUCACCACCACCGAUGAUGGUUCUUGUUGCGCCUCCUCUGCGUUCGACUGAGAGCGUAGACAACCUAGAGUCCAUCGACCCUGAGGCACCAAGAGGGGGACAAGAGCGUCUGCAGGACCGCGAGUACGGCUCCUUCCUCUGUCUUCCUCCGUUGUAAGCAUGGCGUCAAGAAGCUUAGUCUUGUGGGUCUUGUGUCUCUACACACGAUGAGUGUAUCCCCCAACCUAUGAACCUCAAACACUGGGUCUGCGUCAUAUCGAACGCUGACAGUCUUGUCCUAUGUCUCACGUCCGCCCCAUCCAUUGAUAAGUUGACGGAAUUCGAGUCAUACUCGUGCACGUCACAUAUAGGGAUAAAAGGCAGAUAAGUCGCCAGCGAUUGUCAUGUGGGCCCGACACCCUGGCUGCGCUGUAAAGUGUUCCACUUCCUGACAAUAACAAGGUACAGCGCAACGAACACUUUACAGCGCGUAGUGGAUACGUGACGCAACGAACCUAGACAGGAACUUGAAUACAGCAUUGGUCUUCUCUGCCGCAUUCGAUGCCAUGGCGGCAUCGCCUGCAGGCCCCCGCGCAAACGACAAGCAGGGCUGCUGUGUAUCGUCGGGAUGUGCGUACGUACUUGCUUGUGGCGAUUGAUUGGCAAUUGCCUCGAGCCUUGACUUCAUGUCGGUGAGUUUCUCCAGCAGACGGGUCACCAAGCUACGCUGGUAGGUGAGGCAGCACUCAUGUUGAGGGACGUGUAGGGCAGUACCACUGUACCAGCCCACUGUCUUACGUGUCCGUCUUCCCGCAAAUUGAUGGAUCCGUCCUCAAAGUCACCCGCAAUCAAGAGCUCCCUGCCCGUAUCACAGCAAAACAGAGACCACGAAGUUCACUUAUUCAUCCGCUGAGUGAAAGGCUGAGUCUGUGUGACUGACCUGCUCCAACUGAGUAAUUGAGGGAGCUUCGACAGGGAGGCCUGGCUGGUGAGCCAGCUGUCUGGCAUGUCCCAGACCCACAUGUCUGCAUUCCAUCAUAGAUGCAAAAAACGACAGUGUCUUCUUCCAUCUGGUUGGUGCUCAUUCACGCGUAUGGUCCGUGUGAUGUGCUUGCUUACAGUGCAGAAGCCCAACAGUGUGCGACACCGGUGUCUUGUCCGGACUGCACAGAAAGGGAGAUUGCUGCCUCGCUGCAUGCAGCUGCCUCUCUGUACUCCCUUACAGGUCGCUGGGGUCGAUGUCGGCUGCAAAGGUCGCGAGAAUGUCGAAUGCCUUGUGCUGCGGGUCACCAGCCUGCCGCAUCCUCAUGGCCAAGAUCGACAUGUUCGAGAACGCCGAGCCGUAGUCGCCACCUCUCAUGUACUGUGACGUAAAACACAUUGCGUCUUUUGCCUGCCUCCCUGCCUCGCGUUUUCUGUAUGUCGCUCUGCUCACUCACGUCCUGUGAAACGCGGAUGUAUUUGUCGAUUUCUGCUUUGGGCAUGGGCUCUGGCUGUGAUGGGUGCCGCUCCACCACCCUCUCGCUGGCCCUAGCCUUGGCGAGUGCUUCCUGGUACGAGGUUACCUGCUGCCUCAGGUGGUCCUCGUUGGCCCGCAGCUGGGCGAUGUCGCGGCCAAGCACCUGAAUCAGCUCCUCCAGCUGCCUGUUCUUGGCCUCGAUCCUCUGGUACACCUGCGCGAAGCAGACCAAACUCUGUAACGGAGUGCGUGCACCCAUAUACAUCGCGCAUCUUCCCUCACCUUGGUAGUGGUCGUGUUGGCGGCUGUGUAUUCCUUUCGCAGUGUCAUGUAGUCGUUUUCGAGCACUUCGUACUUGGCCUUCGCGUCCUUGUACAUAUCCAGAAGGUGUUGAUACUUGUCCCGAGGCACCAUGCCCUCGGGCGGCUGCAUGAUCUGGUAGGCGUCCUGAAACGCCUUCUUGAUGUGAUGCUCAAACAGCUCCUGCAGGAACCUCUGCACCGCACACAGAUACGUAUGAGAGACAUCGGCGACACCACUGCCGAUAGAAGGUCUGACGCACCCGUGUCUCGUUUGCGAUGUCCUGUACUUUGUCCCCGUGUUGUGUCUCCAGUACGCCCACGACCUUCUCCAGCUCCUCACUCAUGACACGGUAGAACACCCACUCCAUGUUGCCCUCCAGCUCCUGCAAACAGACAAGGCCACAGACGGGGAUGUGACGGUGACCGCGUCUACCUGUUUGAUGGCGGCGGUGUAUCUGUCAAGGUCGAAGCCGCCUCCACCAGAUGCCCUAGCACCGAUCUUGCUUGCCAGCAUUUGAAAACUGCACCACGGCAGACAGGCAUCCAAAUGCAUGAACAGAUACACACGCAGCGACAUUCAUAGGAUAUGCACGCCUGUAUGAGAGGGCUCUUCUCUCACCCUUUGCGGAAGGUAUCGUCACCAAGUAGCUGCUGCACACCGCCACUCUCGAGCUUGUCCUGCAGAAACAGACGGACAAGAGCGGAGAGUUGGGGGGAGACUCACAGUGGGAUGUGCAUGUCGAUGUGAUUGGGGGUUUGCUGACCAUGAUGUGUGCCUUGAUGCCCUGUGUGACGGACGGUAUCUCCCGCUCCAUAAGCGACAGCAUGUGGGUCCUCAUCUCGCCAUCCUUGCCCGCGAACACCUCCAUCGCCUGCUUGGCGCGCGAUAUCUCUGUGGCGGAACCAGGAGAAAGGUCCUUUACUGAAGAUGUCUGCUUUUUGUACUGGUCCCUUACUGACGAUGAAGCCAUGGAAAGUGUCCGCAAUGUCCUCCUUCUGGAUCUUCUGGGCGAGAGCGUUGUUGCGCGAGCGGUGCGAGUCGGCCGCCCUGUCGAUCUCCUCUAUUGCGCGGUUGGCCUCGCACUCGAGCUCUCGCUGCAAGAAGGGAACCAGGCCAUCCUGUAACUUGCCCAGCUGACCGAUCCAUACACACGAUGCACACAGGCAACCAGCGAAUAGAGAAUCAUUCAUAUUCAUUUGCCGUCGCCUUCUCUUCUGUUCUCAAGAAGACACUCUCACCCUCUGUAUGGUCUUGGCAGCGAACUUCUUGAUGAGCGAGUUGAGCUUGAACUUGAGCCACUCUGCCGUUCCUUCCAUCGGCUCCUCAUCAGUCUUCAGAGCACCACUCGCCGCACCAACGCCAUCACUUGUCGGCACCGCCGCUGCGGCGACCUUCCCACCUCCACCUCCGCCCUCCUGCAGUUGCCGAAGCAGCAUCUGGAGUCCACCACCGUCAUGGCCAGUGUCUUGUGCUGAAGCUAGUGCAGGUGGCAUGGGCAUCGGCACCAGACUGUCUGGCAUGGGCAUCGGCAGGGGCGGCCCCGCCGCCCCCAGGGGUACCGAUGGCAUGUCCUGCCCUGGUGCGAGUGGCGAGGGAGACGGGUAGGGGGUGGCGGGCAGCGCCAUGGAUGAGUCCUCCUUGGGCACUGCAGGGGAGGGGGCGGGGGUCUCGGGGAAGGAUGGCUGGAAUCCUGGCGGUGGCUGGAUGCUGGUAGAUGCCUCUUCUUUCCCCACCGUUCUCUCCACGGCCUCACCUCCCAUAGUCUCCUCUGCAUCGGGCUCCUCUGCUCUGGGCGAUAGUGGUGGCGCCUGCUCGGAUGGUGUGAAGGGCUGCACGUGGGAGGUGGUGUCGGGCAGGCCCGGUGAAGGAGAUCGCAACUGAGUCAGCGACUGAGCAGACAGAAAAAGGACAAACGGUGAGUCCGUGAUGCGUCUACAUGAUGUCCUGCUCACGUCGGCUGACCUGAUGGUGUAGGUUGAGUUCUGCCUGUUUCCUGGUAGUCCUGUCGGCUGGUGGCAUCCGUUCGAAGCAGUAGAUGAUGAGGCUACGCCCUUGCUCCACCUUGACUGAGUCGUGCUCACGUGGCAUCCCGCACGCCCAAUCCACGCAUGAAUGAGACAUCGGCAGCUGACCAGCAGGAAAAACAGCAUAGCAGAUGAGUGUGCCUGUGGGGCUUGUCAUGCUCUGUUCGCACCGCCCCACCUGUCUGACGGCCUUUGCGGGCAGAAGUGGCCUCUGUGCGGUCCACUCCCUGGUUUCGAUGAGGACGAACCUCUGCACCAGCCCGCCAUCCGCCUCUCUCACCGGCACACCCACCACCACAAAGGCGCUGCCCGCACCCUCGCCAUGCGCCACCCGCACUCGCGCAGGGCCAUCCAGCCCUACACCCCCCACGCACAUGAGGCGCAUCGUCUGGUCUAGAGUGAGGGGGCGGUGUUGGUCUCUGCUGGUGCGGUAGAACUGCACGCUCAUGUUGCUGCCACUGCCGACCACCAGGUACUCUGGCGGGGGCGGUGCGGACCGGUGGUGGGCCAGGGAUAUGUCCGUGGGCGUGUGGGGUGUGAGGGUGUUGAUGGAUGCGAUAGUGGGGCUGUCCAGGUCGGAGGAAAGCGCAUGGGAAAACAGGUCCUCUGUCCGAGGAGCGCCUUUCUCGGGACACUGGUGGGGAAAAGGAUGCAAAAACAACCAGGGAUGGUAGACAUUGGAAAGUGUGGGGCCAUCUACACCCAUCCACACAUUUGUCUAUGGAGUUUGCCUACCGAUACGAGCCAAGCAGCGAUGUGGUUGGGUUUGAUGGCGGCGAAGAGCACUUGCCCGUCACGCGAGAAACACAAGUCGGCAACUUCAGGAACACCUGAAGCCGACGAAUCCGCAGACAAACACCAUCAUCGGUCAAUUGCUCUGCCUGUUUUCGUGUACAGUGACCCACUCGCUGACCUGAUGAUUCGCUGGAGAGGCCGUCGACAGUCUGGCUGCGGCCACCCGGCGCCUGUAAACGCGUAGCCAUUCACACACUCAUGGAUUCACGUAUUCUCUGCAUCGACUGAUUCCCUCCUCCCCUCUGUCACCAUGGUGUGUGUGGUCCUGAACAGGUCCUUGAGCCGUAUUUUCUUGCAGCACCGCACUUUGAGCCCCGAUACUGCAGCGGCUGUCAGCACCGCAUUGUUGGUGCUGUCGAACUUGCCCGACGUGGCCUCGCGGAUCAGGUCGGGGAAGUUCCACAGCACCAUCUGCUCCCGAUGCAACACGACCAGUGUGCGCGAGACGCCCUCAGGCGUACGUGGCUCGGGCCACACAACCUACACGUACAAAAGAACGCAGGGGGCAGGUUGCGCGUGAUCGACCCGACGUGCGUCUUACCCGCUUGGCAGGGUCGUCUAGAGCCGGAAUGGUGAACGAGUAAGGGUUCUAGGAAGAAAGGCGAAACCUUCCAGGUGUUGGGAGCCACAAAUCCUGCCUGUUUGUCUUCAUGUCUCGUGGUGGCUCACCUCUUUGCUGUCGUCUGCUGUUCCGUCAGUGAAUGCCAUGACGUGAAGGUUGCCCUGCUCAUCAGCCCCAGCGACCCAAUGCAGCGGGGGCAGGCUCUCGGAUAUCACACCCACAUCGGGACUCAAAACCAGCUGGAAAUCAGUAAACUGACACACAGACAUACGAACAGAAGCAAAUCCCAAACGUGUGUGCUCUCCUCUGUUAAGGUGAGCCUGUCAGUCAGUCAGUCGAGUCACCUUGGUAUCUGCGCGGAGCUUGAUCUUUGAGUAGAAGCUGCCAACUACAGGGACGACGCGAAACAUCCCCGCUUGAAACUGAUACGCUAUCAUACUUUUCAAGUUCAAACAAUGACACACGCGCACUACUCAACAUAAACCUCGCCGCACCCUAUCUGUGCCAGUGAGAUAUCCCCGGGGUCAACGCUUACGUGUCCCUAGCGAGUAUGAUUCGCCCAUUGUGUUCAGGGGAUGGCUCCACGGGGUCCUUGUACUCACUCAGAGACUCCGAGAACAACACCCUGUUGCAAUGCUCACCUGACACGACGGCGAACCAAGUAACACGCGCACGCACAACAAUGGGUGUGGACCUGCGUGUGGUGCGGAGUGUGCAGUCUGUCACCUUGCACAUGUGCCAGUUUCCAUAUGCUUGUCGAGGCCGACACGGGAUGGCACUUCUCACCCGUGUCAUCCACAGUCUCCGUCGUCACGCUACCGAACAGCAACAGCACAAGCAAAACAUGCAACAGUCAAUUCCAUGUGGCCGAUGUACAUGCUUUGAUUCUCUUUGAUUCUCACCUUACGACAGGUGCCGCAGCGUCUCCCUCUGCACCCCUCAAGUCAUUCCCCGAGGUGCCCGACCGACGCACCGCCAGGUCACUCGUCCCUCCAUCCUGAGAUGACUGCUCAUUGCCCAUUGCGAAGAUCUCUGUCUGGUCGGGCGAUCUCUUUGGC